UCCUCCGUUUCUGGGAUCCGUCAUGGCGAUAGCUCCGCCGGAGAUUUGAAGGACGAAUCGACAUCUCCAAUUGAUCUGCUGCCUCAUCGACUCUUCUCCACCGAUUCAAACCUAAUCGAGGUUAACAUGGGACUUGAUUACAGCUACUCUCAGCCUUCCUCAUCUGAGGCGUACGGUGACAAUGCAGCUGACAGUGGGUUCAGCGAAACAGAAGAGCUUAUUCGUCAGGACCAAGCUGAGCUUGACACACAGCGAACGACGGUUCAGUUCCCUCCUCAACCCGAGGUAGAGUUCGGAUUCCCUCAAACAUGUUACUGCGGUGCGCGUCCACUUCUUGCAACAUCUCUGAGUAGAAACAAUCAAGGGAGAUUAUACUAUACGUGUGCGAAUGUAGAUGAUGGUGAUUGCCAUGUAUGGAAAUGGUGGGACCAAGCUGUAAUGGAGGAGAUGAGAGCCCGGGAUUCUCACACACUUCAGUUGGCUGAGAAGGUUGAUUAUCUUGCCGGUAUGAGUGACUACGGGACAGAGCUUAACCUUCUUAAGGAUCACCAAUACGAGACUGAGCAAAAACUGGUGAGGCUUGAUAAGAUCGUGUCCGACAUAGGUAAUAAGAAAUCAACCUCUUCCUUUGGCUUUGGCUUUCAAUACGUUGUAGGUCUACUCGUGAUUGUGGUAGUCAUAAUAGGCUGCUUAAUGGUUCGUUAGUCAUGGUUUCGUCUAUUUUACAUGAUCUAGGAUGUAUUAUGGAUUAUGUGUAAUGUGUAAUGUUAAGCUUAUGUAAUGACUUAAUUGGCGUUAUGUGUAAUGUAUCAAGUUUGAAUUAUUUAUGUGUAAUGCAUGUGGCUUUUGGUUUGAUCCCGUGACUUACCUAUACUACCGACAUCUCCUUCCUCUCAAUAUGAUCCCGUGACUUUGUACUGAUAUCCACCAUCCCCUCUUUGCUAUCCCGUGAGUUUACAGCAGUCAGUAAACACAAAAAUGCACCACUUCUCAAAUCCUAUAAGUAGAAGUGUGCGUUUAUUUCUUUGAAAAUCACCACUUCUCAAUCUAUUCUCAAAACAAUUUCUCUCCUUUAAAAAUUGUUUAUGGCAUCUUCUUCCCAUUAUCAUUAUCAUAAUGAUGAUGAUGAUGAUAAUGAAUUUGAAACUCUAGUUGAAGAAUGCUUUCAAAUCCCUGAUAAUAUUCCCGAACCAAAAGAGAGAAAAAAACGCAUUUAUAUCGAGAGAAACCGGGAAAAAGGUCACAUUCAGCUUUGGAAUGAUUACUUUUCUGAAACUCCAACAUAUCCUCCUAAUAUUUUCCGUCGGCGAUUUCGAAUGACCAAACCAUUGUUCUUGCGUAUUGUGCAUCGUCUCGCUACAGAAGUAGAGUAUUUUCAACAAUGCGAAGAUGCUGUCGGACGGGCUAGUGUAUCUCCGCUACAAAAAUGUACCGCUGCAAUUCGUCAAUUGGCGUAUGGUGGUGGGUCUGAUACAGUUGACGAGUAUGUACGAAUUGGUGAAACUACAGCUCGGAAAUGUUUGUAUCAAUUUACCGCCGGAAUUGUCCAGUUGUUUGGCGAUGAAUAUCUUAGACGUCCCACCCCGGAGGAUCUAAAAGACUACUCCAUAUUGGAGAAGAACGUGGAUUUCCAGGGAUGGUUGGAAGCAUCGAUUGCAUGCAUUGGCAGUGGAAGAAUUGCCCCACCGCUUAGAAAGGUAUGUAUUCACGAGGAACCGGAAAACCAACAAUUGUGUUGGAGGCGGUAGCUUCACAGGACCUCUGGAUAUGGCACGCGUUUUUUGGAGCUCCAGGUACAAUGAACGAUCUUAAUAUUCUUGACCGUUUACCUGUUUUUGAUGAAAUUAUAAACGGAAACGCUCCAGAAGUCAAUUUCUAUGUCAACGGAACUGAGUACCAUUUGGGUUACUAUCUGGCGGAUGGUAUUUAUCCCAAAUGGGCUACUUUUAUUCAAUCUAUCCGACUCCCGCAAGGUCCAAAAAAUAGUUUAUUUGCUAAAAAACAAGAAGCCGUGCGAAAAGAUGUUGAGCGCGCCUUCGGAGUUCUGCAAGCAAGAUUCGCAGUUGUUAGAAAUCCAUCUAAUUUAUGGGAUAAAAAUAAAAUAGGAAAUAUUAUGAAAGCAUGUAUAAUACUUCAUAAUAUGAUUGUCGAAAAUGAACGAGGUUCAUACACUCAGCACGCUUCAGAAUUUCAACAAGGAGAAGAUGUGGAUCCUACAUUUGUAGUCAGGAGGAGUACAAAUCUCGGUACUAUAUUGGGUCGUCGAGCAGAAGUUCGGGAUAAACAAAGCCAUCAACAAUUAAAAAAAGAUUUGAUUGAAAAUAUAUGGGAUAAAUUUGGAAAUCUCCCGAAUAACUACAAUGUUUAGAAAAAUUUGGACGGAAAAAUAACUAAAUAAAAUGUAUGUUCCUGUUUUUUUUCAUGUUUGUAUUUUUUUUUCCAACUUUAUAAUUUUCUCAUAUUUUCAGUUUUAAUAAUGUUUUAUAUGUUUUAUUUUAAAUUUUCCUUUUAUAUGUCAUUACUUACUUAAAUAAAUAAUUAUUUAGCUAAGAAACUUUAGAAAGUCCUACCAAUAAUCUAAUUAUUGACAAUUGUCCGUAACUAUUGUCCUUAACCACAAAAUAACAUUUAUUUAUUGUAAGGACUUUGCAAUUAGUCUUUGCAAUAAUCAUGCUCUAAUAGAAUCUAUUAAUCUCUCUUCUUUUUGUGCUAACAGUAAUACUAAAAUUACGCCAAAUAUAAUCAAAGAAAAAUAAAGAUUUAUUUAACUUAGUUAUUGGUUAGUUCAGAUUGUCGUUUUUAGUGAAAGUUAACCUUUUGUAUUAUAAUUCAUAUUCGGUUAAAAGUAAAGCCAAAGCAAAAAAAUAAUAAUUUAAUUUGAUAUGAUCAAUUAAAAACAAAUAACCAAACAAACAAAAGUUUAAAUGUCUUGAUUUUUUCAAUUUACAAAAUUACUAUUCAAGAUUUAAUUGUAUGCAAAUUAUAAAUUAUAAAUUAAAAUCUUCACACUCAACUUUUAUAUGUAUUUACAAAUGAUUUUCAGUCAAUUUAUCACAUAGAAGGUAGAUUUCAACUAAGAAUUUUUGUGUAAUUGUUGAGAAAUUCUAUUAGUUUUUUACUACUGGUUUAUAUUCACUUAUAAAUUAAAAUUUGAUCAUUAUUUAGUUAUAUCUAAAAUAUUAAUAUUAUAUUUGUAAACUACUCUAAAUAAUUUUUAACCAAUAAUGAUCUUCUAAAUAAUGUUAAAGUAGUAAUAGUGUUUCCAUUACCUCUCCUAUUUUGCCAUCAUAAUGGUUAUCACUCGUAUCAGUUGCUUUUGCUUUUACACCACCAAAAAUGUGAAGAAGUGAACCACUGUUGUUGUGACCGACGUUAAUAUAAACACUGUUGUGAGUUGUGACCAAUUAGAUAGAUAGAAAGAAAAAAGAAGACAGAUUAGCAUAUCCUUUACUAAUGAAACUAAAUACAAUAAUCUUAAGAAGCUUCUGACUGUGAAAUGUAGACAUUGUGUUGACUUGGGAAAACGAUUUGUGAAAUGUUAAAAAAUGAACAUCUUUUACAGCCUCACAUGGAGGGGACACACCAGUAGGACUAGUGAUGAGUCAUCCAUUUUUAAUAAGGAUAUUUUUUCAAAGCGAAUGGUAAAUAAUAAUAUAAUAACUUUUUAUCCUAAUAUCUUUUUUUUUCCAUCUGGUAAUAUUAUUAAAGGACAAAGUCCGGUAACAAACAUAAAACCAAAAAACUAAACAUAAUGGCCCAACAAUGACCCAAACGUGAGACGCGACAUACAUGUCACGCCGAACAAAGACGUGUCGAAAACCUCAACAGCGAAGCACGACACGCGUCAGAAGGAGAAUCACGCCGGAGACUAGACGGCGUUUCACCGGACCUCGCCGGAAACUGAACGGCGCCUCACCAGAUCACACCGAGAGAAAGCGCUUACCCAAACUCACCACUUCAUCAGCUUUGCAUGUUAUCACCGGAGAGCAUGAGACGAGAAAUCAAGACCUCAUCCAGAAACAAAGCCCCCAUUCAAACGAUUAAAAUCAUCACUCAACCUUCAUACACCAUUAUCCCUUGAUUUCAGAUCAUCGGAGAGCAUCAAUCGAACAAAUCGAGAUCUCAUCCGUCACAUCAAGCCAUCAAAACAUGAAAUCAAGCCGAGUCACCACUCAAGAACCCAUAAACAGAACCGCCAUCGACGAGAGGAUCGUACGAUGCGGGAACAGAGCCGGCGAAAAAAUGCUUACGGAGUCAUCUUCUCCUGGAAACUAAGCCGGCGAAACCUGAAGAUCCAAGGCUUCCCAGAACCAAACCCAAAGA